UCCUUCGCUGGGAAGGAUACCACAGUCGCGCUCCCGGUCGUUUCGGUCAUUUUUACAAGUAUUUACACCAUCAACUCAAUGAAAAUACUAAUCUGCAGUUUCAUAACAUUUUUAAGUUCUCUCCACCCCUAAACGCCACCCUUUCGUUCGCCAACGAUGACUUUCUCUCGUGACUGAGGCGUAAGGGUGGAAUCUCGAGGCGAGGAAGAAAUGUAAAAUUGACCUUUGUUGAGCAUCACGAUUGUUGCUCACUUUCAAAGUCUUUCUCUGUCAACCCUCAAAUAUCUAAACUAAACUGAGUGAAUUUGUCGGCAGAUUCGGACAAAGCUGGAGAAACUGCAACUCCGAGUGACAGUGGUUAGUGAAUGUGGCGUGGAGGGAAAUCGCCGUGCAAUCUUCCACGCCCACGAAACGCUGAAUGAUUCUUAGGGGUUGUUGAUGUUUCCUCACUAUCAUCUACUGCAGCAUGAGCAGUUCACAAAGGGCGACACGUAAGAUACCCCCCGACAGAUGUGCUGAUCAGAAACUCUCAACCGUGGUGUUCACGUGAAAAGAAAAGCCGCAGAAGAAGCGCGAUCUCUCGGUUCCUUGUCUGACGGCACAAGUAAAUCAAAAUAAGGACACAAUUUGAAAUAGUAUAUGUAGAUGUAUUUGAAAGUACUUCGUGCGUAGAAUUGCGUCUCGCACUCUUAGAAGAUAUAUUGAAAGUGUGCACAGAGAAGUUGGGGUUCAAUUAAAUAAUUUGAAUUAAUUUGAAAAUUCGUGUCCGAAGUGUGUAAUGUGAUGAUUAAUUCAGAAACAACUAGAAUUUUCUAGCCAUGGCGCACUGCAACAAGUCAAGCAUGGAUUACAUCGGCUUGGGUUGCUGUACGCUGGCAGUGGCACUCUAUAUCAACACCUUAGACGCUGGGUUCGUCUAUGACGACAGGCGAGCCGUGCUGGGUAAUCCGGACGUGCUGACAUCGACACCGUGGCGACAGAUGCUGGACAAUGACUUCUGGGGCACGCCGCUCACGGAUUCGGGCUCGCACGGCUCCUUCAGGCCGCUGUGCGUGCUGAGCUUCCGGCUGAAUCACCUGCUGUCGGGAUUCCGGCCCUUCGGCUUCCACCUCACCAACGUGCUGCUGCACGCCGUGGCCACGGGUCUGGUGUUGAAGCUGGCGCGGCAGCUCAUGACGUCCGGAUGGGGCGCGGCCGUGGCCGGAGUCCUGUUCGCCGCGCACCCCAUUCACACCGAGGCGGUGGCCAGCGUGGUGGGCCGGGCGGACGUGGUGGCGUGCAUCUUCUACCUGGUCAGCCUCCUCGCGUACAUGCAGCACAUGGAGUGGCGAGAGAGGGACGAUCAGAGGAGUUGGCUGGCUCUCCUCGCGUCCUUCGCGGCCGCCAGUCUGGCGAUCCUGUCCAAAGAAACGGCCAUCACAGCCCUGGUGCUCUGCGCCCUGUACGACAUCCUGAAGGCUGUGUCGGGAUUCCACGAUAAGAAUCGCAUGCGAUCGCUGGUGUUCCUGACUGUUGUGCUGGCCAGCAUUGUGCAUCUGCGACUGCGAUUGCCCACACCCACGACGCAGUUCGCCUUGGCGGACAAUCCAACGGCCAAAGUGGCUUCCGUUUGGACACGCUUCCUCACCUUCAGCUACCUGCCCGUGUUCAACUUCCGCCUGUUGCUGCUGCCCACGACGCUCAGCUUUGACUGGGGCAUGGAGGCGAUACCGCGGAUCACCAGCAUCCUCGAUCCGCGAGUCAUCCUCACGGGUGGCUUCUACGCCACGCUGAGUCACACAAUCUGGCGCUGCGCACGAAGUGUCCUGGCGCAGGCUAACUCGCCUGUGGCCGUGACGACACACCGGCGAAAGGCUCGAACGCCGCGCAAGAAGCUGGCGCCCUUAGCCGCUACGAAGACUGACUGUGUGUGCGCGGUGUGCAAACAGGCCCUGAAUGUGCGCCACUCCAGCUCGUGUCGGGCCAUAAACAAUAACAACAUUCCCGUCGUGCCGUGCGCCUGUCCCACGCCCGCAGAUACUAGCCGUGUCGCUCCUCCGCGGCCAAGCCUUGCUGUCCUCAUGGCCGUGGCGCUGCUGGUGUUGCCCUUCCUGCCCGCCACCAAUCUUUUUUUCUACGUGGGCUUCGUGGUGGCCGAGCGCAUCCUAUAUCUGCCCAGCGUGGGCGCCUGCCUCCUGGCGGGGCUCGCCGCUGGCCACAUCCUCGACGCCGCGGCGCCCAGCUCGGCGCCCACCACUGUGCCGCGCAAGAGGAGUGCCGCGUCGCGCAUUCGUGAGCAGCAGAGACAACGAAUUACAGUGACUGUGUUUAUACUUGUGGUACUCAGUGUCUUUUGCUUUAGGACAGUAAUCAGAAAUUUUGACUGGCGCAACGAGGAGAGCCUCUAUCGCAGUGCAAUCGAUGUGAUUCCACCAAAAGCGCUCGGCAAUUUGGGAAGUGUCCUUAGUGCACAGGGAAGAUAUGCGGAGGCGAAAGCUGCUCUGCAGGAAGCGCUCAAACAUCGACCCAACAUGGCUGAUGUUCAUUAUAAUUUAGGUGUCCUGCUACAAAAUCAACAGGACUACGAGGGCGCUGUGGAAAGCUAUCAACGUGCAAUUCACUUUCGACCAUCUUUGGCUGUGGCUUACCUGAACUUGGGGACGACUCUGAUUGCUGUUGGCCGGUGUCAAGAGGCGGCAGCUGUGCUUCGAGAGGGAUCUCGCCUCGAUGGCAGAGGCUUGCGUGAUCGCACGGAGCACGAGAACGCCCGGAUUGCCUCUCUGCUGCAGCUGGGCAGACUGUAUGCGGAUCAGGGGAAGCUGCAGAGAGCACUUGCCGUCUACCGAGAAGCUCUGCACACGCUGCCAGACAGCUUUCCACCCCAGAGCAUUUAUCAUCGACUGGGUGACACUCUCGGGCAACUCCAGCAGUGGACUGAGGCGGAACGCUUCCAUCGUGCUGCCCUCGAAGCUCAACCAGACCAUGUGGCUGCACACUUAUCAUAUGGCUCAAUGUUGGCGCGCAAUACAAGUCGAGCUUCCGAGGCGGAACAGUGGUUCAAAAGGGCACUCAAACUUGCACCAACGGACUCCAGUGUCUAUCAUCAUUAUGCGGAAUUCCUAAACUCAAUGUCGCGCCACGAGGAAGCCUGUGAUAUGCGGAUACAGGCAGCGGAAUUGUCUCCCAACGACUACACCCUGGUCGUGACAGCAGCGACAGCCUUGCGACUACUCGACCGAAAAAUCGAGGCUGAGAAGUGGUAUCGACAGGCUGUGGCGCUGAGACCAGAGGACGCACGCUCCCAUACAAAUUUGGGUGCGAUUCUCCAUCUCCUGGGGCGCUCGCAGCAGGCAGCUGCCAGCUACAGGGCGGCUCUGCGCCUUCAGCCAGGAGAUCCCACGACUCUGGGCAACUUGGCGAAAUUGGGUGUCGUCGAGGUGGCAUGAAAAUGCGCCCCAACGUAUUUUUUCUUCCAUAAAAACCACCCAACCCUCAAGCAAACUUCCAUGCUGGAACCCCUUUCCGCUCAUCCAUUCCAGGCACAAUUUCUUCAAGCAUCUCCACGGAUGUCUGCUGGAUUUGAGGGUGUUUCCCCUGUACCUAUUAUACAUACAACCUGUAAGUAGCCCCAAGGACAACCCAGUCAUAAAUGGAGAAAGUGUAAUAUCAAAAUGACCACAUUGAACAAUAAUUCAAAAUUACCAAAAAAAAACGAUCUCGUCAGAGGAAUGAGAUGCAAUUGAAUCUUCCAAGGGAAAAGAAAGAGAAGGAAAAAAACACUGAAGAUACGAUGGCAGGUGGUGAAAAGUGUAAAAAGAAGGGAGAAAUGUACAGAGAAGGAAAUCAUUUACAAUUGCAAAUAGGAGAUAUAUUUGUGUAUUUUUAUAUCAUUAAAUCAACAAUAAAAAACAUACAAUUUAAAAGAAGGAAAAUAAAGAAAUGUGAAUUAUGCUUGGAAGAAGGUAAAAAAAAGUUAAUUUUUAGAAGAAAAACAAAAUUUUCACAUAAAAAAAAACAAUUCAAUAUAAAAGAGAUAUUUAAUAUAUAUAUAUAUAUACAUGCAUAAUUACAAAUCAGUUACUGAUGUAAAUAUAAUAUGACAAGAAGUGAGAAUAAAUGAAAGUAUUAGCAUAGUUAGUAUAUUAAAUAAAGGCUCUAUAGAUAAAUCGUAAGAUCGAACACACACAAAUCGAUAUUCUUCCUCUAAGGAUAUUCAAAAUAAGCAGAGCAGGAGAGAAAAGCUGAAAUGAAGACUUAAAAUCAAUUUUAAGG